AUGGUUAAGGACGAAGACCGACCUACAGCUUCAAAGUUUCACCAGCAGCAACAAGAAGAUGUCAUUACGGUUGCCAACCAUGAAAUCUGGGCGUCCGUCCUAACGCCUAGAAAAGUGGCCGAAGAGCGACGCGGCGGCGCCCAUAUCAAUGUCCCCGUGCUGGUCUUUUGGCAUGGAGGAGGCUUCAUCGUUGGAGAUCGCCUGUACGAGCCGUGGUGGCCGGAUUGGCUACUCGAGUUCGCCUUAUCGCAGGAUGCCAUGAUCGUGGCGCCUGACUAUCGUCUCCUGCCCGAGGCGACCGGCGCCGACGUUAUGGACGACAUGGACGCCUUCUGGACUUGGUUUCUCGGUGCUCUGCCCAGCGUCGCCGAGUCCGAAUCAUGGAGUGUGCGGCCGAACGUCGACCACAUCAUUUGUGCUGGACACAGCGCCGGAGGAAUCAUUGCGUUGCAUUCCGCCCUUGAACGCCCUGACGCGGCUGUUAAAGCCGUCGUGUCGCUCUAUGGGCCGCUCUACGGCAAUGUUACAGAGCUCAAGAUGGCCCGGCCGAGAAAGAUUCUAGGAUCGUGGCCUCCUUCGCCGCGACAAGCAGAGGUCAAUAUUCGAUCGUAUAUUAAGCGUACCAAGGGGUCGGCUGCCACGGAUGGUGAACCAGAGGCUCGAUCCGCGGCUUGA